ACAGCUCUGUUGUCUACCAAUGUCGGUGCUCGCCUCUUUCGCACGCAGAUCCACUCCCUAUGUCAAACCUAUAGCCCGUUCCUUCUUUUCGCCUACUGUGGGCUCGCAACAUCCGGCCUACCAAGGCCACAUCCCCCUGAACCGCUUUGAGAAUGCUUUUCUCGCUGCUGGCUCUGCACUGAUCUCUCUCGCAAACCCAAGACGCGGCGAUAUGGUUGCCGCUCUUGGCGAGACCACCGCGGGACCGAGCCUCGACAUACUCAGGGAUCGCAUGCUUGAAAGCCCAGAAGGAAGGCGCAUACUCAAGCAACGCCCCAGAGUAACCUCGCAGUCUGUCGACAUGCACAAGCUUGCACAGUACCCACAAGGAACCUUUGGGCGAUCCUACGUCACCUGGCUCGAACGCUGUGGCGUCACCCCCGAUACCCGCGAACCUGUCCACUACAUCGACGACCCAGAGCUCGCCUAUGUCAUGCAGCGCUACAGAGAAUGUCACGACUUCUACCACUGCAUAUGUUCCCUCCCCGUCAACGUCGAAUCAGAACUCGCACUCAAAUUCUUCGAGUUUGCCAACCUCGGACUACCUGUCGCUGCCAUCUCGGGCGUGUUUGGCCAUCUCAGACUCGACGCCAAAAAAAGGGCUAGGUUGUUUUCCGAGUAUCUGCCGUGGGCUGUGAAGUGUGGAGGCAGUGCUAGGAGCUUGAUUACCGUAUACUGGGAGGAGAGGUGGGGCCAGGAUGUCGAGGAAAUGAAGAGGGAACUAGGCAUUUGGGAUCCACCCGAGGCGAGGUGGAGUAAACCCCUGAGCGAAGCGGCGAAGGCUGCUGCUGCGAGGAAAUAGAGGGGCUAACUGUACUUUAGACUAUCCUAGACCGCGCCUUGUGCGCUCGUAUGACCAGAUACUGUGGCAAUACUCUCAUAAUUUAAUCCAAUAUCAUUUUCCCUGCUCCU